AUGUCGUCUUCUUCUUCAUCAGAUCAAGAAUCACCCAAGUUGAUCGAUGCUCUCAAGACUGUCAAAUUAGAGGAUUUCAAAGAUGUCAAUCGUAUUCCUUGCGCUCGUAAUGCCUUGUUGUACGGAAUAGUUGCUGGUAUCACUGUGGGAGCUGUUCGUUUCGCUACAAAGCGCAUGGUCCCUACGUCUGCCAAUUGGGCCGUUGGUACAUUCUGUGGUGUUUCCGUGAUUUCUUUUGAAGGAUGUCAAAUGGAAAGAAAACAAAAGAUUGAAAAGAUGAGAUUGAUUGUCAAGGCUACAGACUCAAGAUCUAAGUCUGAUGAAAAGAUGAUUGUCACUGAGAGAGGCAAGAACGGUGCAUUCAAUGUCGUUAUAGAGACACCUCCUGUCGCACCAGAGGGAAAUCAGGAUAAGAAAUAA